CUGCACAAAUCUGUGAUCAUGUCCUCAGUGCUGCAGAAGCUGAUCAGCCCUCUGGCCAGCAGUCCUGCUGAGCCUCCCAGGAACAAGGUGACGGUGGUGGGCGUGGGUCAGGUGGGCAUGGCCUGUGCCAUCAGCAUCCUGCUGCGGGACCUGACUGAUGAGCUGGCUCUGGUGGAUGUGAUGGAGGAUCGUCUCAAGGGAGAGAUGAUGGACCUGCAGCACGGCAGCCUCUUCCUCAAGACCUCCAAGAUAGUCGCUGACAAAGACUAUGCGGUGACAGCAAACUCUCGCCUGGUCGUGGUGACAGCUGGUGUUCGCCAGCAGGAGGGAGAGAGCCGCCUCAACCUGGUACAGAGGAACGUCAACGUCUUCAAGUGCAUCAUUCCCCAGAUCGUCAAAUAUAGUCCCAACUGCACACUCAUCGUGGUCUCCAACCCUGUGGAUGUGCUGACCUAUGUGACCUGGAAACUGAGCGGUCUGCCCAAGCACCGAGUCAUCGGCAGUGGUACCAACCUGGAUUCGGCCCGCUUCCGCUACCUGAUGGCUGAACGCCUUGGCAUCCACACCAGCUCCUUUAACGGCUGGGUGCUGGGAGAGCAUGGGGACACCAGUGUGCCAGUGUGGAGUGGUGCAAAUGUGGCAGGAGUCAACCUACAGAAGCUGAAUCCUGAGAUUGGUACUGAUGCUGAUAAGGAACAGUGGAAGGCCACACACAAGGCAGUAGUGGACAGUGCCUACGAGGUGAUCAAGCUGAAGGGCUAUACCAACUGGGCCAUCGGUCUGAGCGUGGCAGAUCUGACUGAAAGCAUCGUCAAGAACCUGAGCCGUGUCCAUCCUGUCUCCACCAUGGUCAAGGACAUGUAUGGUAUUGGCGAGGAGGUCUUCUUGUCUUUGCCCUGUGUGCUGAACAGCACUGGCGUGAGCAGCGUUGUCAACAUGACCCUGACGGACGACGAGGUGGCCCAACUGAGGAGGAGUGCGGACACCCUGUGGGGCAUUCAGAAGGACCUCAAGGACAUCUGAUCUCACAUGUAGUCCACAGUCACGAUGCAGAGGGGCCGUCAACACGCACACACCCCUUUUAUAAUGUCCCUCUCUCUUAGACUAUCACUCUUAUUUUGAAGGACAAUGCCAGUGUUUUUUAAGUUGUGCCAGUAACAUCAUCUGACUGAUUGUUUUAUCUAAUCAGAGCUCAAGUUAUGUCACCAUCUGACAUUUCAUAGGUUUCAUUUCUGCCAAUCGUCUGACUGGCCUAGAAAACACUGGUGUGCUCCUUUAUGAAUAAAUAAGCACAUUUGCUCCCCAACAGCUUGUAGGAUGAAGUUGCUGUGUUACUGUGUUUGUGUUAGGAGGUGUAAGCUGACCUGUGUUACUGUACUCUUUAUGGAUUCUUAUGUUUGGACCAGGAUCAAAACAAACCUCAAAAAGCCAAAAAUGUCACUAUUGUCCUCCGCAACUUACUGCACCUUGUUGUUCAUUUAGUCCCCUACAGGGAAACACUGAGAAAAAAAGACCCUAAACGUCUGGAGAAAGACCCUAAACAUAAUAAAGGACACUGGUUUCCUCCCACCUUGUGGUACUGUGCAGCAGACAGACACCUGCAUGCUGCUGAGUGACAACAGAGCACAAUGAAAGGGUGACGUUGUGAGUGUAACUGUGUCUUCCCCUCCUGUUUCCUCAGUGUUAACAAUAGGAGAUGGAGCAGCAGAGGAGAGUGGAAAUGUGUGACUGUCUGGUCUUGUGUUGUGUCUAAACCCUGCUGGAAAGAGUAAUGUGUAACUUAAUAAAUUUGAACCUCAUGAAAGGUUGUGUGUGAAU